AUGAAUUUCCUCCAACACCCCAACGAGAUCCUCAGCCGCAUCAUCUCAUUCCUCGACGCCCCCAGCCCCUUUGAUGCCGACAUCUUGCAGAAACCCAAGUCGGGUCUGAUACCCUUCGAGUCUGAGGCAGGCAUCGAGUUGACCAGCAUCCCAACAUCAUUGCACCGCCAGCAUGCCCUGAAGAACUUGACAUUGACGUGCCGCCUUCUCCGCACCCUUACUCUCCCCGUCCUCUUCAAACACUCCGUGCUCCAUCCGCUACUACUGAGCGACUUUCUCUCCUUCCUCAAGAGGCAUAACCUAAACCAAUAUGUCGUCAGUGUUGUCGCCCACGUGCCGGGUCAUUACAACCACAUCCAUCCAGCCUGGUGGGCACGCUUGCUCAACGAAGUUCCUGCGACCCGCUUCAGUAUCGUUGCCGCUCCCGAGAUCCUAACCGAGCUGGCGGGGAUCUGUUCGUGGACCAGCGACGCCUGGGCCUUUGACAUGGCCUUCCAGAUCCUCCGGCUUGACCAGACUCUAGAAGCCGCCCGGACGCCGAUCGACUACGAUGAUCUUCCGAAUUUCCUAGUUGCGCGACCAUGGCAAAACAUGGUUGUUAACGAAGGGUCCAGCCUGCUGGCCUACACGACCUACGAAUUCUUCUUGCGGCGAACCCCGUCUCUGCUAACGGCGCUGCACUCCAACAACUCGGCUGCUGGAGAUGCGCUGUUCAGCAACCUAUUGAGUUUCGACUUCGUUUCCAUCUUCCCCUUCUACAACCACGUAGACGAGGUGCUCAAAAGUGUGCGCAAGAUGCGACGGCUCCGGCGGCUGUUCGUCAAGCUGUGUCCAGAGCCGCACAGCACGGUGUUCCGCGACGAGAUCGAGCUGGCGGGCGGCGCGAUAGACAUUCAUGAUCCGUGGAACGAAUGCGAGACGUCGUGGUCGCUGAUUGCACACAGCGUGGUGUUCCUCACCACCGAAGGCCAACUGUCCGAGUUGCAGAUGGACGACGUCAAGGUGGAGGGCAUACGGCAAAGGCUGGAGCAGAAUGUCAGUUCCCUGCUACAGGAGCGCUGGCGAUAUGAAGACCCGAGAUCUGGAAUCUGGCGACGGAUAAAAGAUCCGAGUGCCACUACAACAGUGAUAGCGUAG